GCAGACCAAUUCGUGUAACGUGUUGUCCUGGGCAUUCCCAUAGCAUAGACGGAGCAAGACGUACGUAGUGCCAGCGCUGCUGGAUCGAGUACAUCAGACGGUCAAAGUGGGCGCUGAGCGCCUGCAGGCUUGUGGGAUCCAGGAGGAGACGGCCCUGGCUCGAGGCAUGCGACGCGGCGCGCGAGGACGAGGAGCCCUGCUGGGAGAGGGCAAUCUGCUGGUGCUGGCGGAGGAGCUGGACUUCGCUCUGCGAGAGGCCCAGUUGGUUGUCGGGGAUCGAGGUGGACAUCACACUCUCUUAACACCAUGGUCGGACACAGAGCACACCAUGCAGCCCGCCCGAUGCAAGACGAGGAGCGCGCAAAUGGGCCCGACCCGCGCAAGAGAUGACGAUGCGCCGCCGAUUGGGACGUGCCGACGCCUAUAUGUUGCACAGAGGCCCCCAGAGGUGCGCCGGCCAAGCCCAGACGAUGGUGCGAACGAGCGCACACCCCCAUUUCACCGGCACCCUGACAUGGUGGCUGCACGCCGCCCUGCCCCAAUCGCCCGCCUGCGUCGCUCCUCUGGAGCAACCGUGCCGUCUUUGCACUGCGCAGAGCCUCCUUGAUGCGCACCCAGCGCUCCACGCGGCGCGCUGCAGCACCCGCGCGUUCCUGCUCGACGCGCCGCGCAGCCCGCGCGAUGCCCACCAAAACUGCACCCUCCCGCCCGCCGUGGGCUCCCUCAGGCGCCGCCGUGCGUCGCCCGCUGCCCACCUCCAGCUUCUCCCACCGGGCCGGGUCCAGGGCGGCACAUCCAUCUACCCCUCCAGCUCGCACAGUACCGCCCGAGGGGCGUACGAGGGGCUGUUGCCGAAUGCAGAAGGUGCCAGUCGCGCCGUCUCACACACUGUACCCACUGGCUUAGCCGCUGUGAGUGUUCGCCCACGCGUGCGACUGCCGAGGGGCUUCAUGCCUGGCAACACCCAAACAUGGCAUCGCCCCCUGUCCGCGGAAGAACGCAAAGCUGCUGUCAGCUCGUGUGCUGGGCCGACUGAGCGGAAGCGUGGCAGUAGCUGCAUUGGAUCACGGCCAUGGUAACGCGUAUCUUGAAGCGUCUGUAUUAUCUAUGUCUACGGCGCAACAGCCGCAUCUUGCUGGCGACGACUCUUGUCGCCGCGCGUGUGCGUGGAUAUAUUUCCUCUGACAACGGAAAUCCACUCAUGGAUAUCGACCGGGAAAAGAAAAAGGGGUAUAAACGUCCAAUCCUCCCGCUAUGCACAAUUCCCAAAGACCGUAAAGAAAAACAGGACAGGCAUGCUAAAGCGCCCAAUCAUAGCGCGUAGUUCUCGGCAUGCAGAAAAAUCUCGUCCCUUGAAUUGCCGCUCCAGACGCUCCU